AUGCACUUCCUCUCCACCGUCUCUGCUUACGCCGUGGCCAUGGCGGUAGCACUUGUACUGGUCGAGGCAACUCCCGCUCCGGUGACCCCCAUCUGCUUCGGACAAGACGCGGGAUGCUCUCCAAACAUAUUCCCCACAUGUUGUGCAGGACUCUCCUGCGUCCAGCAAAUCGGUCUUCCUGGACAGCCCGCCUCCCAUCGCCACAACCGCGAAAUAAUACGCCCGUGGGGCUCCGCUGCCGCCACGAAGGAGGUCGCCGUGAUUGCGAGGGCGUAUGAGGUGUGGAGCAGACACGAUGUUUGA